AUGGCGUCUACCUCGACCUCGACCUCCGUCUCCGACCUCCUCGCGCGCGCCGACACCCUCGCCAAAUCAAACCCAAAGGAAGCAGAGGCGCUCUACAAGCAGAUCCUCACCUCCACCUCCUCUUCUACUGCAGGCACCAACACCACACCGGAUCCUACAGUCCUGCGCGAUCAGGAAACUGCGCUUGUCAAACUUGGAGAGUUGUAUCGGGACCAGAAGUAUGCGGCUGGACUGGCAGAGGUGAUCACAGCCUCGCGGGCGUUCAUGAGUUCAACAGCAAAAGCAAAGACAGCAAAGCUAAUCCGCACCCUUCUCGACUUCUUCUCCGCCAUUCCAAACAGCCAACAAAUCCAAAUCAAAACUCUCACCGACAACAUCGCAUGGGCCAAACAAGAAAAACGCAUCUUCCUCAAACACUCGCUCGAAACACGGCUCGUUGCGCUUCAACUCGAAGCACGGCAAUUUACACCCGCCCUCGCGCUCAUCGAGACACUUCUCACAGAGCUCAAGAAGCUAGACGACAAGAUGAUCCUCACCGAAGUCCACCUCCUCGAAAGCAGGGUAUACCGCGGCAUCGGAAACAUGGCAAAGGCAAAGGCCUCCCUAACCUCCUCCCGCACCGCCGCCAACUCGAUCUACUGCCCACCCUACCUCCAAUCCCAACUCGACAUGCAAUCCGGGAUCCUACACGCCGAAGACAAAGAUUACAGCACCGCGUACUCCUACUUCUUCGAGGCGUUCGAGAAUCUCAGCGCCGCGGGCGAGGAGGGUCUAAGCGGCAAACCUCAGGAUAAAGAAAAGGAGGACGGGGCGAAAGAGCCGGGAGUGGGAGGGGACUCGGAGAAGGGUAAGAAUGCACAGGGGCAGGUUGGACAGGCGCUCUCGGCGUUGAAGUACAUGUUACUGUGUAAAGUCAUGUUGAACCUCCCGGAAGACGUCAACGCGCUCCUCACACUCAAACUCGCCAACAGCUACGCGCAGACACGGGACGUGCAGAGUAUGCGUGCCGUCGCGCGUGCGCAUCAGCGGAGAGAUCUGAAGGAGUUUGGAGAGGUGUUGAGGGAGUAUCGCGAGGAACUCCAAUCGGACCCAACAAUCCGCACGCACCUCUCCGAGCUGUACGACACGCUCUUCGAGGGCAACCUCAAGCGCGUCGUCGAGCCCUACUCCGUCGUCGAGAUUGGGUAUGUUGCGGAGCAGGUUGGGCAGGAGAGGCAGAGUGUUGAGAGCAAGCUCUCGAAGAUGAUACUUGACAAGACGCUAUUCGGUGUUCUUGAUCAGGGACGGGACUGUCUGAUUAUCUACGACGAACCUGAAGCUGACAACACAUAUGGCGCUGCGAUCGAUACAAUCGAGCAAAUUAGCAAAGUCGUAGAAUCUCUAUACGCCAAAUCAAGAUCGCUUAAUCACGAAAGUGGAAAUGUGGGUAUGGAAGUGUAUGUGGUCGUCGUCGUCGUCGUCGUCAUCGUGGGGGUUGCUAAUGAUACCAAUACCAACUCUACGAAGAAGAACACUUCAAUGUUGAUGGAGUAA